AUACCUCAAUUUUAAAUAGAUGACAUGAUAUUAGAUUUUGGGUUCUACCUAAAUUUUUCUCGAAGGCCCUGACAAUCAGCUCCACCGGCCGCACACCAUACGCCGGCGCUGUGAUAGUGUAAACUAAAACCCAUACUAGCCGGAACGGCGGAGGCAGAGGAAGGCUCCGACUUUUGAACUCAAUGGCGUCCUCAACAGAUGUCAAUGCGUCCGCACCAGAAACCCUAAACCCUCCCCACCAAAAUCCCGCGCAACCUUCCAUUCAUUCCCCCACGGACGGUCACGAACCCAGCGAUCAGUCGCCACAAGAAGGAAAAGAGCAGAACGAUCAACGGCAGACCAAUCUUCCAUCAACCGACGGCACUGAUGUGGGCGAAAAGCGGAAGAGAGAUGACCCAAAAGAAGCAAAGAAGAGUGAUUCAAAUGGGUCUGUCCAUCCUCUCUGGAAAACCAGCUUGUGCUCGUAUUUCAGGCGGCAUGCCAAGUCCUGCAGCCAUGGAGAUGGAUGCAGGUACGCCCACGGCGAAGAAGAGCUCCGGCCCAGACCCGAUAACACCUGGGACCCGACUUCGGAGCGGGCAAAGAAGAUGAUGAAGUUCGAAGUCCCGAGUUCAACGGAAGAUGAUGUUCUCAUGACUGAUGUUCUCUUUCACGAUUGUUCUGACGCUUCCCUCUGUAAAUGCUUAAAGCAUCUGCCUAUAAAAUGGAGCUCCGAUGAUUUGAGGAGCUUUCUCGACGAGCAGGGAAUUCUCUUUAAAUUGGCCAAGAAAAAGGAAGGCAUGACUGCUGGUUUUGUGAGUUUUGAUAAUGCAGAACAAGUGAAAAGUGCAACUGAGGAACUGGAUGGAAGAUCAGUUGGCAACAAGAGUUUGAAGUUUGUAGAUGUUAUACCAAGAUCAUUUGAGACGAAAGUUAAAUUAGCAAUGACUUCGCAAAGCACUCAACAAGUUGCAGAACCGACAUUGGCUAGUGACAAGUCAGGUGUUUGUAUAACUUCAAAUGAGCUUCAGGAUGGUGAUACGGUUGAUGAUGGUUUAACACCUGAUGGUUUGGUUUCGAAGGCAAAAAGUGCUCGUGAUGUUGUGACUCCUCUAGCACACAUGCCCUAUGUUGAUCAGUUGGAGCACAAGAAGAACUCUCUCAUGCAAACUCUUAAAAGACUGACUAGAAAUGCGCGUAAGGCUUGUCCAAAUGGUGUAUCACUUCCUGAAUGGAUUCUCAAAUCUAGGGAAAUAGGUGGUCUUCCAUGCAAAUUUGAGGGUGUACUUGAGUCGCCACUUGUAAAUGGAUAUCGUAACAAGUGCGAAUUUUCAGUUGGAUACUCUCUUCAGGGCAAGCCGACUGUAGGAUUUAUGCUCGGCAACUUUAGGGAGGGUGUGACAGCAGUUCAGGAACCUGUGGACUGCCUGAAUGUUUCUAGAAUUGCUUGCAAAUAUGCUUCAGUUCUGCAAGAUUUUUUACGAAAUUCAAACUUACCAAUUUGGAACAGAUUUAAUAAUACUGGAUUCUGGCGUCAGUUAACAGUUCGCGAGGGGAGGGGCCUGGGAAAGGUGGCUGAGAUUGAAGAUUUUGAGGCCAAUAUUUCAGAGGUCAUGCUUAUCAUUCAGGUUUGUUCCAAAGGCUUUGAUGAUGCACUAAUAACCAGUGAACUAGAGAAGAUGGCUCAAGCAUUUGCUGCAGGUUCUAGUGCAAAUUCUCCUUCUUUGCCCCUAACGACCUUGGUUGUUCAGGACCACACUGGAAUAUCAAAUGUAGCUCCAGCGGAUGCUCCAUUGCGCUCUCUAACCAUUCCAAAGACUGCAAUUGAUUCUGGAUGUGUAGUGGCCAAUGAUGUUGCAGAAGCAAGAAUUCAUGAUUAUAUAAGCAAUCUCCGGUUUUGUAUAUCUCCAACAGCCUUUUUCCAAGUUAACAGCCUUGCAGCAGAGAAGCUAUAUUCACUAGCUGGUGAUUGGGCUAAUUUGAAUCCUGAUACCUUGCUUUUUGACAUAUGCUGUGGAACUGGAACAAUUGGCCUUACUUUAGCUCAUCAUGUUGGUAUGGUGGUUGGCAUUGAAAUGAAUGCUUCUGCAGUUUCCGAUGCUCACAGGAAUGCUGAAAUUAAUGGCAUAAAGAAUUGUAGAUUUGUCUGUGCCAAGGCUGAGGAUGUCAUGGGGUCUUUGUUGAAAGAGUACUUGCAAAUGCCUCAUAAACAAGAUGAAAUUCCAGGCACUAAAGAGAAAGAUGCCCCUACAGAGAAUAUACCAGACCCUGAGGGAAGUCAAUUUCAUGUACUUGAAAAUGGAGGUGUCUCUGGGUGUUCAGAAAAUAAUGGGCAGGAACUUACAAACCAACAUGAGAAUAGGUUCAUUUCAGAAGAUGGGAAUGCCUCACUGCAGCAAUUUAAAAAUGUCGUUGUUAUUGUGGAUCCUCCACGUGCCGGCCUUCACCCCACUGUGAUCAAAGCUCUGAGAACCCAUGCACACCUGCGGAGGCUUGUUUACAUUUCCUGUAAUCCUGAAAGCUUAGUGGCAAAUGCUAUUGAACUUUGCACACCAUCUACUGAUAAAACUGAGGGGGGGAACAAGAACAAUAGAGGAUGGAGGAACAUGAGCAGUGCUGGCCUUGCACGGCACAGAGCCAAAUCAAUGCCCAACUCAGAGCCUUUCCGACCUGUCAAGGCCAUGGCUGUUGAUCUUUUCCCACAUACUCCACACUGCGAAAUGGUGAUGCUCCUAGAGAGGUAAUAGACCAGUUCUAUGUAGAACUUAUCCUUAAUUACAUGCUUACCCAUAUAAAUUUUGUCAUUAAGAGCUUCAGGUAGUUUGUUAUUGAGUUACAGUAGCAGAAUUUGCAUAUUUAUUGUAUAAUGAACUCUCUAAUCACAAGAACUUCUACUUCAGUUUUA